CACAGAUGAAAGAUACUUACUAGAUCUUACAGAUACGGAUAUGUUUAACAGUAGAGUUACUGAAAGAUCUCUUAAAAUAGUAUAUCAUCUUGGCAUAAUUAUUUAAAAAACUGUUCUACUUGUAUAACUAGGGUAUUCUAUACUUAACCCUAGCAGGGGUUAUUAUAAUGUUGGUCAGAAGUUAGCAACGUUGACAUUGGAUGUAUGUAUGUAUUCUUGAUCAGCAUCAACAGCCGAGUAGAUCUAACCAUAGAACGCUGUCCAUUUCUACGGGAACUCCGAGUUUUAAAAGCUAUCUGCAUUAAAAUUUUAAAAAACUGCUAUUUCUAUCGAGGUAGUAUAUUUGUUAGUCGGAACGAAAUGGAUCGGAAACUGUAUUAGGAAUAAUCAAUAGAACAAACAGUGUAGGUUCUUUGUUUAAAAAAAAAAUUGACUACUACACCAUGUAGCUUACAAAGACCAAAAUCAAUCAUUAUUUGUAAUUUGUAUCUUAACUACUGGAAUUUUUUCUUAUAAAUGAAAAAGGCAACAUUCCUUUCACUCUUGUCGGCAAUUAAACUUAAUAUUAUAUACCAUACUCUUGUCCAAUAUCCCAUUUAAAAAAAAGAACGUAGUAGUCCUUGAAAAAUAUAAAUCAGAAAUAAAAGUCAGUCGACAUACAUAGUGUUUGAAAUUGCCGGAAUGGCUUCCAAUUGAAACGUGUUAAAUAAAGGGCUGAAGUGAGUUAAGGAUGUCGGCAGUAAAGGCGUUCCUGAAGGAUGGCAUGGUUGUGGCGGCGAUAAUGGGCCUGGGCGAUACUAUAGCCCAGUUGGUCAUUGAAAAGAAGCCGCUAAAUGACUGGGAUACCGGACGAACCCUUCGAUUCGGUGCCCUGGGUCUGGUGUUUGUGGGUCCGGUUCUGCGGCAAUGGUACCUCUUCCUGGAGUCGAGGGUUCCCAAAACCUACACACCGAUGCGACGGGGCGUUACCAAGAUGGUGGUAGACCAAGUCUGCUUCGCUCCACCCUUCUCACUGGCCACGUCCUUCCUGGUGCUGCUGAUCAAUGGUGAGCCAGCCGAUCGGAUCCGCAAGCGGCUCUACGAAACCUAUCCCACCAUCAUGGCCAGGAACUACAUGCUCUGGCCCGCCGCCCAGAUGAUCAACUUUAGCUUCGUGCCGCUGGGCUACCAGGUGUUCUACGCUCAGACCAUCGCCCUCGUCUGGAACUGCUACCUCUCGCUGAUUCUUAACCGAUAGGGAACGUAUUACUAUCCGUAUCCGUUAUCGUGACCAUAUUUCAAUUUACCGGAAUAAAAUAUACCUCUGCAUAUAA